CUCCCCGCCAACCAGCGACUCUUUAAAGCAGGGAUUCUAGCCCCAGCUGUUCAGACCCGUGAGACACGAAUAGAAGCAGCAUACGUGGUAGUUGUCUCCGAGGGGCGGCAAGGAGAAAGGAUUAGCCAUGUCGGCUUUGAUAAGAAAGGUGAUCAGCACCGCGAAAGCCCCAGCGGCCAUUGGUCCCUACAGUCAGGCUGUGUUAGUCGACAGGACCAUUUACAUUUCAGGACAGCUAGGCAUGGAUCCUGCAAGUGGACAGCUUGUGCCAGGAGGGGUGGCAGAAGAGGCUAAACAAGCUCUUACAAACAUGGGUGAAAUUCUGAAAGCAGCAGGCUGUGACUUCACAAAUGUGGUAAAAACAACGGUUUUGCUGGCUGACAUAAACGACUUCAGUACUGUCAAUGACAUCUACAAACAAUAUUUCCAGAGUAGUUUUCCUGCAAGAGCUGCCUACCAGGUUGCUGCUUUGCCCAAAUUUCAUCACCUGUAGAGUGGGAAGAGGAGCGGUCGAGCUGUUGUGAGGAUUACACGAGUUGAUACCUGGAAAACACCAGCACAGCGACUGGCACCCCCUGAAUGCCAAGCAGCUAGCCAUGGAAAGCGUUACACUUCACCUGCCAGCCCUAGCAAGGAAGAGACCAUGGUGGACACACAGAAAGGGAAGGUAAUUCCAUUCAUCCUAAUACUGGUACCUUUCUCUGAGCCUAUUCAGAAAAAAAGAAAGAUCAGAGUCAAUACAUGAAAAGGGUUGGAAAACAAAUGGUUGUUUCAAACCCUCUCUCAGAGGACACAAUACUAAAGACUACAGUGACCACAAAACUUCCUUUCUUAUGCUUCGGAAUGUUUUUAUCUCCAGCUGCUGAGGGAAGUACAAUUUGGGGAUCCAUCUGGGCUCCUUCCUCUUCAGCUGGAGCAGGGCAUUCCAGACUGUUCUGAUGUUCAGUGUGACCCCUCAUCCCAUCAUUUACUUAACUGUGCAAUCCAGACAAGUUACGAAACUCUCUGGACCUCGGUUUCCUUAUCUAUUAAAUGGGGAUAUUAUCUUUGCCUUUCAGGCUUGUUAGGAUCAUUGAUAAUUCUGAGGUGAUAUGUGUGUGAUUACUCAACAUGGUAUGUGACAUGAGAAGGUACUCAGUAAACAGGGACGCAGCCAACGGCUCUGCAGGUUUCUCAGUGCAUGGGGUGUGUCCCGCUGAAGGGGCAAGGGAGAGAUGAACUCCAGCCUGUGUGCACCAGCAAGGUUGCAUGCAUCAGGGGUGGGAAGGGCAGCUUUUUCUGAUUUCAUAAAGGUCCUCUGUGGGUUAGCAGUAGCCCAGUAGUAGUCAAUAAAUUAUAGCUAAUUUAGCAACAGAAAGAAUGAACUGCAACAUUAAAGAGCUUGGAUAAACAGUCCCCUAAACACUGUAAAGUUGUCACUGUUGACCUAUAAAAUUGUGUUGUUACUAAUGGUAAGUUUUAAAUCAUGACUGUUGAUAGAGAGUGAAGUAGUAUUCAUGUCAGCCAUGAUUUGACCGGAUUUGACUGGCAUUAAUAAAGGCCACUGUUAGCUUUUAUAUAAACAAAUAUGUUUCAUUCUGUUUGUUGGCUUUAAUUUCAUUUAUUCAUCAAGUAUUGAUCAAGUGCCUACUAUAUGCCUGCUCUGGGCUAAGCACAAGGGUUACAGCAGUUAACAAGGAAGAUCUGGUCCUCGCCAUCCUAGACUUUACUGUCUGCAAGGAAAUUCAAAUAAUAGCUACUUCCCUUAUUAAGCACAGCUUGGUACCUACGCACGACCUCUUACCCAAGGGUCUCCACACUCUGUCCACCUGGUUUUGUGAAUCCCCAGGAUAACUCCUUGAGGUGGAAGAAGGUUCUACACCAUUUCUUCUAGCACUCUAACUUGAAAAGCAGUGAGAUCUUUUGUUCAAAAACAGGAGACAUUUUAUGCCUAAUCUGUAUUAUUAUGUAAUAAAUAUUGUGGACAGAUGCAUUGUUUCCACACCCGAAGUUGUUUAAGGAUGUGACUGUUUUCUGAACCCUA